AGGCAAAUGAUGAUUUUCAAAGGCAGGACAGAAUUAAGAGACUAUUUAGUGUCAACUCUUAGAUACCUAAGACAUGUUCAAAAAAUACAUUUAGUCAUCAACAUAAGAACAAAUCAAAAGAAGUGAUAAAGAUUCAAUGGUUGAUAUUCCUCAUCAUCAAUCACAAAACAAAGAAUCUUGGGCAGAUAAUUUGGACAAAAAUAUACUGGUAAUUAUGAGAAAAUGAGUAUGAAAGUCUGUGAAUUUAUGUUUUACACAAAAAUCACCUCCCUUCCCAUAAGAUCUCACAGUGAGCUUUACUACGCUGGCUCUGCACACUUGCAACAUAAUUUCAUACGUGGAACUGGAAACCAGGCAUCAGGUCAGAUUCAACUAUCUCCCUCUGUUUUUCUCCCUGUAGAUGCCAUGUGAAGGCUGCAUGGAGAGGGACAAUGAAAGCACUGAUGCAACCAUAGAGUUCCACCUUCUUGGCUUCUCUGAGCUGUUCUGUCUGCGGGUUCUCCUCUUGCUUAUCUUUCUCAUCAUCCAUUUGGUCACACUGGCAGGGAAUAUGAUGAUCUUCAUAGCUGUGUUUAUGGAGCAUACUCGUUCUCCCAUGCUUUUCUUCCUCUGUCAGCUCUCUCUCAUUGAGCUUUGCUACACCUUAGUCAUUGUCCCUAAAGCACUCCUUGGCCUGACGGUAAUGAAAGGCAUCACCAUUUCCUUCAUAGGCUGUGCAGCCCAGAUGUACCUUUUUGUGGGACUCGGUGGAACUGAAUGCUUUCUCCUGGCAGCCAUGUCCUAUGACCGCUACGUUGCCAUCUGCAAGCCCCUGCACUACACAGUGGUGAUGAGCGAGGGGCUCUGUCUUAGGCUGUCCAUAGCAUGCUGUCUGGGAGGCUUUGCUGUUGCCCUAGGGUUGACGGUGUCUGUUUUCCACUUACCUUUUUGUCAGUCACAUCACAUCAACCACUUCUUCUGUGAUGUCCCUGCAGUGCUGCACCUGGCCUGCAUACACAGCUACACUUCCGAGCUUCCCAUGCUGGCUGCCUGCGUGCUCCUCCUGCUACUUCCCUUCCUCCUGAUCCUGACCUCUUAUUUGUGUAUUGCUGCUGUUUUGCUACGUAUCACUUCCUCCUUCAGAAGAGGCAAGGCCUUUUCCACCUGCUUUUCACACUUGGUCAUCACCUUGCUACACUACGGAUGUGCCUCCUUCAUGUACAUUCGUCCUAAGUCCAGUUACUCACCAGCUCGAGACAAGAUGGUUUCUCUAGUCUACACCAAUAUUACUCCAUUACUAUACCCCCUUAUUUAUAGCUUGAGGAACAAGGAAAUCAGAGGAGUCCUAAGGAAAAUGUUGAGGAGAAAGAGAAUAACUCAGCUGAACUGGGGUAUUACCAGGGCUGUUACACGUGUGAACUAAAUUUUAGGAGGCCAAAUGUUCUUGUUGGAAAUGCAGUCCUGUAACUGGGCUAGGCCAAGAUUAUCUAUAGACUUCACUGCAGUAAAUAUCCAGGCAGAACACAACAUGCACUGAUGUAUUCUUGACAAAAUGACAUCUGAGCCUCCAAAGAAAAAAGGAAGAAGGAAAAGGAACAACAACAACAAAAGCCUUUAACGUAACACUGCUUAAAGGGAAAAGCUGUACCAAUUUGUGAGUAAAAAGAACUCUCAUCAGUUUAUGGUAUCACUUCUGUGAUCACAUAUAUACCCAUACUUACAUAUCCAGUUAUCUAUCUCAGCAUGCUCAGAAGAUCAGCGCAGAAUUAUGUAACGCUGCUGACUUGUUUUCUUUACUUUCCUAUGAAGAUGCAAGUAGAUACUGGAAACUGGGAACUCAAUAAAUAUUUUUAGUCUGGUAAGUUUUCCAGCACAAAAAUCACGAAGGACAAUAUUAGAAGGUUACAGAAAGAAAUACUGUGCUAUAAAAGAAAUGGAAAUGAAGCCAUGUUUUGCUCCAAAUUCAGCAGAAGGUUGCACUUCUAACAUUCCAUCACAAGCAAAAAGAUCAUUAGUAUAAUCUCAUCUUACUUUGAAUUAUUCUAGGUAAUGAAAAUGAAAGUGCCACUGAUUUGACAGGAGUUUGACUUUCCUAUGAGUGUCUUACGGGAAAAACAUUUCCCUUUAUAGGGAGACGCUUCAGGUUUAGACUGUUCCUAUGGUAACACAAAGACUCAGAUGCAGGUCUUAUCAUGUAACUUUUAUCAGGAAAGACUGCAUCAUGUAAAUAAGGAUGCCUGAGGACUGUUA